AUGUUCUCUAAAUUGUUCAACUUCGGCAAGACCGUUCAACUCUAAAACACUUGCAAAAGAUUCUUUGAUUUGCAUGAAUAUUAAUCUAAGGAUAUCAUGAGAAAGUUCAAUAUCAGAGUCUAAAAGGGUGAUAUCGCUUUGACUCCUGAAUAAGCAAGAAAAGUCGCUGAACCCCUUGACCCAACUGGUGGUCUUAUUCUUAAGGCUUAAGUCCAUGCUGGUGGUAGAGGAAAAGGUCACUUGACUUCUGGUUUAAAGGGUGGUGUUAAAGUUCUUAAGACUCCUCAAGAAGUUGAAACCUACACUAAGUAAAUGAUUGGUUAUAACCUCAUCACUCACCAAACCCCCAAGGCUGGUUUGAGAGUCGAUGCUGUCUUAGUCCACGAAGGUGUUGACAUCGUCAGACAAAUCUACUUAGCUUUCAUUUUAGAUAGAAACUCUCAAAAACCCGCUAUCGUUGCUUCUGUUAACGGUGGUGUUGAUAUUGAAGAAGUUGCUAAAACUCACCCUGAAAGCAUCAUCGUUCAACCCAUCUGCCCUUCUGCUGGUUUGACUGAUGCUGACUUAAAUACUGUCAUUUCCAAGUUAUAAUUAACUCACAUCGCUGAAGAUGCUAAGACUCAAAUUAAAAACCUCUAUUAAAUGUUCAACAAGCUCGAUGCUACCCAAGUUGAAAUCAACCCUUGGGCCACCGAUCCUAAGGACAAGCUUUACUGCGUUGAUGCUAAGAUUAACAUCGAUGAUAAUGCCAAAUUCAGACAAUAAGAAUUAGUUCAAUUAAGAAAGAACUCCGUUGCCAGUGAAGAUGUUGAUCCUCAUGAAGAAAAGGCCAUCCAAGCUGGUUUGGCUUACGUUGCUCUUGACGGUAACAUUGGUUGCUUAGUUAACGGUGCUGGUUUGGCUAUGGGUACCAUGGAUAUCAUUAAGUUAUGUGGUGGUUCUCCUGCUAACUUCUUAGAUGUUGGUGGUGGUGCUAACGUUGAAUAAGUUAAGACUGCUUUCGAAAUCUUGAACGCUCACCCUAAGGUCGAAACCGUCUUUAUUAAUAUUUUCGGUGGUAUCCUUUCUUGCAAGCUCAUUGCUGAAGGUAUUAUCAAGGCCGCCUAAUUAGUUUCUUUGAGAGUUCCUUUGGUUGUUCGUCUCUCUGGUAACUAAGCUGAUGUUGGUAGAAAAUUACUCUUAGAAUUCACCGAUAAGAAUCCCUCUAUUAAAAUUAGAGUCGGAUAGGACCUCGGUGACUCUGCUGAACUCGCUGUCAAGACUGCCAACGAAUUUGCCGGAAGACAUUGA